AUGGAGACUUUUGGUAAAAAUUAUAAUGCGGGUAAGGAUCACGCCAGGGAUGGUAAUUCAUGUUAAGUGUUCGUUCUGAAUUUACAAUUAAAGAUGAAUAAAUCUGAAUAAAAUGACCGGUUUGUGUAUAAACAGAAGACAAAAAGAAAAAGGUCCUAUAACAAGUGCAACUUAAGUUUACGUGUCGUUUUGUUUCUUCCCCCUUCCGAUGUUGUUUUGAUUUGCCGGCUCUCUAAAAUUUUCUUCAUCAAGCGUGAAAUAUAGUACGAAACUGUUCCACUCCAAUUUCCGUGAAAUUUUGGAACUUUUUAGUGAGAAUAACUUCGAGAAAAACCCCUCUUUGUAGUUGAAUGUCUGCAAAGCAACUAGCAAAACCGAGGGCGCUGCAAGCUACAAGCGCCUAAGAAGGCGGGAAAUUUGGCGCGAAACUCACACUCCCCUAUGGCUUUUGAUUGGACGUAUAAUUUUUCUCACACGUAAAAAGAAAUAUAUGCAAAAAAUUAAAAUGAACAUCUUUCCCUAUUACUUAUGGAAUCCGGAAUCCUGAGCUUGGGAAUCCGGAAUUCAGCUCAAGGAAUCUGGAAUCCCCCAAGCAACUGGAAUUCGGAAUAAAGUAAUCGGGAAUCAAGUACAUGUAAUUCGGAAUCCCAACAUGGAAUCCACAACCCAAGACUGUCUUGGGUUACCUGUAUGCAUAAGGGCGAGUUCAUUAUGUUUAAGCUGUUCGUUUACUUAUUGUAGAGAGAGAUGCGUCCGAUUACGCAGAUGAGGUACGACAUUGGCUAGACUUGAUGAGAAGAGCAGGUAUGAAUGAAAAAUAAUGUACACAUACCAUGUAUUCCCUACAUAUUUUUCCCAGACAUAGGAUGAAUAAUUGAAAUGAUGAGCUAAAAUUUAGGGAUGCUCUUUUUUUCUUUUUUUUCACGUUAUUUUUCUUUCAAUUCCUUUCCCAUUGGUCUUUCUGUUACUCUGGAUAAUAGCAAAGACAUAAAAUGUGUUUCAAAAGUUUGUUGGAGACGUGUUAAAUGGUGCUGAUGACACAGUGAAAUGAGACAUUAAGAAAGAAGUCAAUAACAUAAUUUUGUUUCAUAUGUGUUUCAGAAGACUACAGAACCGCAGGGACAGAUGACAGCUCAAACAAUGACCAAGAUUACUUAACUAGUAGAUAUAUCCAAGAUUCAGGGUCUGAUGAAGCGGAAAGUGACGAGGUUGAUGAAGAGGAGAGCGGCGAGAGUGGUGAUGAUGGAGAAAGUGGUGACGAUGGUGAGGAGGAAAGCGGCGAUGAUGGUGAAGAGGAAAGUGGUGACGCCGGUGAUGAUGGAGAAAGUGGUGAAGAUGAUGAGAAAGAAAGUGGCGAUGAUGGCGAAGAAGAAGGUGGUGACGAUGGCGAUGAUGACGAAAAUGAUGUUGAUGGUGAAGAGGAAAGUGGUGACGACGGUGAUGAUGGAGAAAGUGGCGAAGAUGGUGAGGAGGAAAGUGGCGAUGAUGGUGAAGAGGAAAGUGGUGACGACGGUGAUGACGGAGAAAGUGGUGAAGAUGAUGAGGAAGAAAGUGGUGAUGAUGGCGAAGAAGAAGGUGGUGACGAUGGUGAUGAUGACGAUAAUGAUGAAGAUAGUGAAGAGGAAAGCGGUGACAACGGUGAUGAUGGAGAAAGUGGCGACGAUGGUGAGGAGGAAAGUGGCGAUGAUGGUGAAGAAGAA